GAUUAACUCAUACCAAAUACAACAGUGACCCAGUUGUUUUUGACGCUACGUUUUAACAACAUCACUAUCGGGAUGAUUCGAGGAAAUCUAAAAGGAUGGACCAGGGUGGUUCCUGUUGUUCUUGUUACAUGCAGAGAUAAAUGCUGCGCAUUGAGUUAGUAGGUAUGUAGGCCCGUCCGUGGGGAAUUCGGGCGCCCAGCCUCGGCCAUCCUCUUCAUGCUUCCGCUCUUCCCUGAUCCACGAUCAAUUCAUGCAAGGUCCCCUUUUCGGCCCCGAGCCGGUGAUAAGGACAAAGAACCAGCUGCGUAAUACCGGGCGCGGCACUAUUGCCGUUAUCAAACCUAACAAACCUAUCAUAUUAAGUUGGUGUGAUAAUCAGAACCGGUGAUGAAUGUGAUUGAUCACCAUGACGUUGCAUGCCUGACAACUUUUUGCUAUACAUCGAUAAUGGAAGAUCCUGUCCCAUUGGAAUAUUUAUUCACCUUAGCAUUACUCUUUCUCACUUUUUCAUAAAGUUGAUUCCCCACAAACGAACAGGAAAUAUGAGUUUUAAAGAGCAUUUGGGCGGGCUGAAACAGCUAGACAACAAAAAGACACCUAUUGAGCCAGUCGAUCAUCCUUUGCGUCUGUACGGAAAUGAUCAGGCUACAUACGAUCUUCUCCAUCACCAGUUAGAGCAUAGGCAGUAUUUCGAUUCUGGUGAUUCCGCACUGUCGCGCGCACGUCGAUCAUCUGACGUUGGUAUUGUUACGACGGGGAAGGAACAUCCUGCCCGAGCUGGCAUUUCGCACCCCUCGUGCCCCGUACCGAGUUCGAGCAACGUCGAUGAGCACGCCUGGCGACAAGAGCAUGGUGGCGAAAAGGCUGGCCGUGUACAGCAUCACAGUCUUCUUCACGAAUAGGAUAUUGUUUUAAGGUGUCCUUGCAAGAUGCCGCAAGAAACUUAUUGAAUGGCGGUUGUGCUUGGCAUACUGAAACGCACGCGGGGCGCUAUGGCACCUUCCAUGGGACCAGGCAUAGUGCGCGAAUUUGUAUGGCCAUAUGUAAAGAUAAUGCUUCGGAAUAGUGCUAAUCAAUUUGAGACGUCAUGG